AUGCGCAAACGAUACGGCGCUCGGCCGGUGGUCGGCGCGGCUCUCCUGAUCGCGACGAUAGCUGCUUUAGCCCUGCUCCAGUCCGUAGCGCCGGGCCUCAGUUCCGCCCAGAACCAUGCUCAGCCGAAGAGGGCUGCGGCCCUGCUGCACGCCGCCGACGCCGACUGUCGCGAUGUGCACCAGGCCGCAGACCAAUGUGCCUUCGUGCUGGCGAACUGCGAGGACGACGAGGCCGGGCUGAUCCACUACCUGUCGUUCUACUACUGCACCCUGGCCUCGGCCAAGCCCGUCGCUUUCACCAUCAUGGCCCUCUGGCUCGGGCUGCUGUUCACCACGAUCGGGAUCGCAGCCAGCGACUUCUUCAGCGUCAACCUCAGCACGAUCGCGAGCGUGCUGGGCCUGAGCGAGAGCUUGGCGGGUGUGACGUUCCUGGCGUUCGGCAACGGCUCGCCCGAUGUGUUCAGCACCUUUGCGGCCAUGGGCUCCAACAGCGGGAGCAUGGCCGUCGGCGAGCUGAUCGGUGCUGCGGGGUUCAUUACCGCUGUCGUGGCUGGGUCCAUGGCGCUGGUGCGCGAGUUCAAGGUCAGCAAGCGGACGUUUGUCCGAGAUAUUGUCUUCUUCAUCAUCGCCAUCAGCUUCACCAUGGUGUUCCUAGCGGAUGGCGAGCUGCACCUGUGGGAGUGUUUCGCCAUGAUCGCCUUCUACGUGUUCUACGUGAUCGUGGUGGUUGGGUGGCACUGGUUCGCGGUGCGGAGGAGACGCCAACGGUUGAGGGAUGUGGCCGCCCGCGCCCAUCUCUACCACGCUUCCGGGCAAGGGAGCGAAGAGAUUGAGCCGUAUCGAGACGAGCCGGACGAGGGAGAGGAUGGUGCUCCCGUCGGAGGCCGCUCGAAUAGUGCGCCGGAGCCAGCCGAUAUGAGCAUUCUGGAGCGAGGGCCCCGUAUCGAGGUGGACGGCGUGUCCCCUACGGAGGACGAGGAGGAGGAAGAAAGAGGACGACACGUUGCGGCCGAGAUGGCGAGCAGCAUGCGUGUCAACCGGCCGCGCUGGGGCCGCAGCAAUACCACCAUCACGCCUAUCCGGCCGAGCUUAUUGGGGGUGCUGGAGUUCCGAUCGGUCUUGUCGUCGCUUCAAAAGGAGAGGAACAUGCGGUUGCGUCCGUUAUUUGGCCGCUCACAUACUUCCCAAGAGCCACCCGUUGACGGCAUAGACGAGUACCGGGGCCGCCCACGCACUCAAACGAUGCCACCGCACAUCCCAAGGCCAGACCCCCCAGCCUUGUCGGCGUCGCCCGGUGAUCAUCCGCCGCCGAACCUAGGCGACCUCGGCCUCAAUCACUCGGAUCCGGCCUUGGCUUCCCAUACUCGGACGAGUUCCGCCAGCCGUAUCAUCGACGGCAUGCUCGCUCCACCGCUUGACCCUGGCCUCGUUCCCCCGAGCAGGGACCCUCCGUCACCAAAACAGAGCCCGCAGCAAUCGCUUCAGCUUCGGAUCCCUUCUCCUAGUGGUGGUUCUAGUGGAGCAUCUUCUCCGUUGUUAUCACCCUUUCCAGGCCUGUCAGAGUCUCCCGCUGCGCUUUCCCCGGUGCACGGGGGCCCCACGGGGCCAUUGUUCCCUGCUCCAACAGAAGUGCGACGGUCAUCGUUCCCCCUUCUCGACGACCGGCCGGAGGUCCCGAAACCUGUGAGUUGGUGGCCGUACAGCAUAUUACCCGCCCCUCAUGUCUUACUCGCCACCAUUUUUCCGACUCUCCAGGGCUGGAAGGGAAAGUCGUGGUGGGACAAACUGGUGAGCUUGAUCUCGGUGCCGAGCAUCUUCUUGCUUGUAGCUACGCUCCCCGUGGUCGAGACGGAGAACGACGACAGCGAGGCCGAUUCCGAUGUUGUGGUUGCGGACCCCCCGGAUGCUGGCCAACCGGGUAAUACAGCCCCGGCCGUGAUGGUCGAAGACGGCGAGAUUGAGCCCGAAACGGAGUGGCAAGCCUAUCGCCGUCGCACCCGCUCCAUCAGCUCCCGCUCCUACUCGCCGCACAGCCGCUCACUACUCAGCCGCUCGCCGUCUUUCCCGUCUUCCGUCGCCGAUAACAACCGUGAUGGCCUCCCAGCCGAUCAAGAGCCGCCUCAACUCAGCCUGCCCGUCCCACAACUCAACGAACCUAUCACCCCAGUCUCCGACCGACCAGCGACCACCAACACUACAUCCGACGGUCCCCAACCCCCCACCGGCUGGAACCGGUGGCUCGUAGCCGUCCAACUCUUCACCGGCCCCCUCUUCAUCGUUUUCAUCAUCUGGGCCAACACCGCGGCCGACAUGUCCAGCCCGCGCCAAACCGUCCUCCACAUGAUCCUCUACUCCCUCCUCGUCUCCCUCUGCCUCCUCGCCGCCCUCCUCCUCACCACCUCCCCACACCACAAACCCCAAUACCACUUCCUCCUCUGCUUCCUCGGCUUCGUCAUCAGCGUAGCCUGGAUCUCCACCAUCGCCGGCGAAGUCGUAGGCGUGCUCAAAGCCUUCGGCGUAAUCCUCGACAUCUCCGAAGCCAUCUUGGGACUCACCGUCUUCGCCGUCGGUAACUCCCUCGGCGAUCUCGUCGCCGACGUCACCGUUGCCCGCUUAGGUUAUCCCGUCAUGGCGCUGGCUGCCUGUUUCGGCGGGCCUAUGCUCAAUAUCUUACUGGGUGUCGGUAUUGGCGGCGCGUGGAUGGGGAUUAGCAAGGCGCAGAGGAAACAGCGGCAGCAUCCUGGGAGACCGCUCAAGUAUAAGCCGUAUCGGAUACAGGUGGGCGGGACGCUGAUGGUGUCGGCGUUGACGGUGCUGUUGACGUUGGUGGUGUUGUUGAUUGUGGUGCCGUCGAAUCGGUGGGUUAUGAGUCGUCGGAUUGGAUGGGGAUUGAUUGGGAUAUGGACGGUUGGGACCGUGGUUAAUCUGGCGAUGGAGGUGACGGGGGCUUGGGCGGAUGUGUCUGCGUGGUGGUGA